AUGACAAGCGACGAAGGCGAAAAGAAGCGUCCACGCGUCACAGAAGAGGAAGAGGAAGAGGAGGUUGAAGAAGAGGCAGGAAGUGAAUCUUCUGGUGAGGCUGUCGCACCAAAGAGGAAGUCUGCCAGGACUGUGAUUAGGAAAAAGUACUCCUCAGAGGAGGAAGACGUUGACGACGAAGAAGACAGUGAAGAGGAAGAGGAGGAGGAAGAAGAAGAAGAUUCUGAUGAAUUUGAUGAGAACGACGAGGAGGAAUAUGAGGUAAGAAUCUUCUAUUCUAUUAAUGCAGUGCAUACUCCAUCUUGUGCACCAAACAUAAACAUGUAG